AUGGGUAAAGCUAAAAAAGGCAAGAAGAGUCAGACAGCCGAGGAUGGAGAUAGUGACAUAGAAACCACUACGAUUGAGAACACAAAACCAGUACAAACCAAGGGCAAAAAAGUUCCUGCUAUCACAGCUGUAGCAUCAGAUGAAAGUGAAGACGAGAAACCCAAAUCAAAGACUAAACAAAAGAAGUCAGCUGAUUCUGAUGUAAAGGAAGUCACAAAAAAUAUUAAAAAUGUAUCAAUAUCAAAUAAGACUCAAAAGAAAAAAGUUGAUGCCAGUAGUGAUGAUGAAUCUGAAGAUGAGAAUGUCAAGACGAAAAAAAAUAAAACAAAACAGGAAAAGAGUGCUUUCUCUUUAUUAGAAAUUGAAGAUUCUGGAGAAUCUGCACCUGAGGCACAACCUUCCUCAGAUGAUGAAAAACCUGCACAAAAAUCUGCCAAAAAACCUACACAAGAUAAAAAGGAACCAGCAGGAAAGAAAGGCAAAAAAGCUAGAAGGAAAAAGGAUGACAGUGAUGAAGAUUUAGAAAAGGUUCUAGCGGAACUUGAAAUGGAAUAUGCGGGAGUCAAAAAAGAACCUGCUGCUGAGCCAGAACCAACAAAGCCUCAAGAACAACCCGAAGAAAAACCAAAAGCAAAGAAAAAAACCAAGAAAGAGGUAGAACCUGAAGUAGAAAUCAAUGUUGAAGAAAAGGGAAGUGACAAUGAAAAUGAUAUAACUAUUAAAACAGCAGCUCAAAAGAAAAAAGAGAAGAAAGAAAGAGAGAAACUUAAAAAACAGGAAGCUAAAAAGAAGGAACAACCACAAGAAGGUAAAAAGGAACUAACAGAAUUAAAGCCUCAAAGUAAACCUGAAAAUGUUGAGCUUAAAGAUCAAGAUGAAAAGGAUACUAAAGCUCCAUCAGAAGAAAAGGACGCUGAAGGUGAUGUUCCUGUUGAAGGAAAGAAGAAGAAAAAAGGUGACAAAGGGGACAAAGACGACAAAGGUAAAAAAGGUCCUACCAAGAAAACUAUUGCUGCCAUGCAGGAAGCUUUGAAAAAGGUUAAAGAGGAGGAAGAAAGAUUAGAACGAGAAGAGGAAGAAAGAAUUAGGCAAGAGGAAGAGAGAGAGAAACAGAGACUUGAAGCUAUUAGAUUAGAAAAAGAAAAAAAAGAAAGGAAAAAGCAAAAAGAAAAGGAGAGAAAAGAAAGACUUAAAGCUGAAGGUAAAUUAUUAACACCUAAACAAAAAGCUGAAAAGGCGAGAGCUCAAGCAAUGUUAGAAUCUUUAAAAGCUCAAGGAAUAGAAAUUGGGACUGAGAAAAAACCACUGAGACCUGGUACUAGGGCAAAGCCAAAUAAAUUAAAAACUCAAAUGUCACAAGAAACAGCAUCAGCUCCUGUAGAAGAAAAGAAAGUGGAAAUUGAAAUUACUGAUAAGCAGGAACCCACCAAGCCCGAGGAGAAAAAAGAGUCGGACACUGAGUCUGUCAAAGAUGCUUGGGAUGCCGAGUCUUCUGAAGAUGAGGAGUCUACAAAGCCUGAGACAGUACCUGUUGUUGACAACAAAAAGCCACCAUCUGAAGAAAAACCUAAAGUGCAAGAAGAGGAUAGUUCUGAAGAGGAAGGCAGUUCGGAUGAUGACUCUAGCUCUGAAGAGGAGUCUGAAGAUGAACAAAUGACAGAUGCCGAGAAAAAGAGAGAGAUUGUUUUGAAGAGAUUAGAGAAACGUCGCGAAGAUAAUGAAAAGAACAAAGCUAACAAUCCCCUACGUGCUGCCGUCGUUUGCGUCCUCGGACACGUAGAUACGGGAAAAACUAAAAUUUUGGACAAGUUACGGCGAACCAACGUACAAGACGGAGAAGCUGGUGGAAUUACGCAACAGAUUGGUGCUACUAAUGUGCCCAUCGAGAAUAUUAAAGAGCAGACCAGGCAUGUUAAAGGGGUGAAUGAAAUAGCAUUCAAGUUGCCAGGUCUCCUCAUUAUUGACACACCUGGUCACGAAUCCUUCAGUAAUUUAAGAAACAGAGGCUCCUCCCUCUGUGAUAUCGCCAUUCUGGUAGUAGACAUUAUGCACGGGUUGGAACCACAGACGAUUGAAUCGAUAAAUCUUCUAAAACAGAAGAAGACGCCAUUUUUAGUUGCCUUGAAUAAGAUAGAUAGAUUGUACGAUUGGCAGAGUGCUCAACGUAAAGAUAUUCGUGAUAUUCUGAAGAUGCAGCAACCGAACACCCAACUAGAGUUUGAGAAGCGCACGAAAGAUGUUAUACUGCAGUUUGCUGAACAGGGUCUAAACGCAGCAUUAUUCUACGAGAACCCAGACCCUCGUACUUACGUCUCCUUGGUGCCAACAUCAGCGGUGACUGGUGAAGGGAUGGGUAACCUUCUAGCGAUGAUAGUUCAAGCCUGCGAGGGACCCUUGCAUAAGAGGCUGGUCUUCUCUCAGCAGUUGCUUGCUAUUGUCUUAGAGGUAAAAGCUAUCCCCGGAUUGGGUACUACGAUAGAUACAAUUCUAAUCAAUGGAACGCUACGUGAGGGAGAUACGGCGAUUUUGGCGGGAACAGAAGGACCCAUAGUCACGCAAAUAAGGUCGCUAUUGAUGCCUCAGCCUAUGAAGGAAUUGCGUGUCAAGAACGCUUACAUUGAGCACAAAGAAGUAACGGGGGCUCAAGGAGUUAAGAUAGCAGCGAAAGAAUUGGAAAAAGCAAUUGCUGGUUUGAACCUCCUUGUUGCUCAGAAACCAGAUGAAGUAGACAUUUUACGGGAAGAAGUGGCGAAGGAGUUGAAGACAGCUCUAUCGUCCAUUAAACUAUCAGAGCGUGGUGUGUACGUGCAAGCGUCUACUCUGGGAUCCCUCGAAGCGUUGCUAGAGUUCCUAAGGACUAGCAAGAUUCCCUACUCAGCUAUUAGGAUAGGUCCGGUGGUGAAGCGAGACGUAAUGAAGGCGUCCGCCAUGUUGGAGCACGACUCGCAGUUUGCUACUAUAUUGGCUUUUGAUGUUAAGAUCGAAAGGGAUGCGCAAGAGUUGGCAGAUCAGCUCGGCGUGAAGAUAUUCGCAGCUGAUAUUAUUUACCAUUUGUUUGACAAAUUCACUGCCUAUAGAGAAGAACUUAAGCAGAGGAAACGGGAAGAAUUUAAACAUAUAGCUGUCUUCCCGUGCAAACUGAAGGUAUUACCACAAUUUGUGUUCAAUUCCCGUGACCCGAUCGUUGCUGGAAUAAUGGUGGAAGCUGGAAUUUUGAAGGAGGGAACACCGAUUUGUGUGCCCAGUAAAGAGUUCGUGGAGCUUGGAUUUGUGACAUCUAUCGAAGUGAAUCAUAAACAAGUGGAAACGGCGCGAAAGGGCCAAGAAGUUUGCAUAAAGAUUGAGCCGAUACCCGGGGAAUCCCCAAAAAUGUUCGGCAGACAUUUUGACGAAACUGACAUGCUUGUUAGCAAGAUAUCCCGAGCCAGUAUUGACGCAUGUAAAGACUAUUUCCGUGAUGACCUUAUCAAAACUGAUUGGCAGCUGAUGGUAGAAUUGAAAAAACUGUUCGCGAUCCUAUAA